AUGGACGACAGAGCUGCGGGGGUCCAUGCGCUGCGGAAGAAGGUCCAGGCACCGCGACCCGGUGCAAGCAAUCCACGUGCUUCCGAUGGCAGCGGGACGCGUCGCGGCUUUGUGUUUGAUUUGACACUGGACCGUUUCUUUGCUGCGUGGCAUGCUGUCGGCAGGGAUGCCCGUCACUAUGGGAGGAGUCGACGAGACGCGAACUCACGAAAAUGGUUGCGCACACAAUGCUCGACUCGGUUCUUGUGGAGCCUGGUCGCAUCUUUGCAGUGCUUCGUUGAUAAGCCUCUGCCAGCAAAAUUGUUUCGUGGAAUGCGCUGCCGGCACAGAUCGACCCAGAAUGCAGGAACUUUGUUGUCAAGCAGUGAAAGAGGCAUCUGUAAGGUCGUGUUUGAUAUCGAGGCGGAGCCUGCAUUAGUUCCGGCGAUGCAGCUCGUCCGGGUUUGUGUGGUGCCGCAUCCUUUCUUGGCUGGGUUGGCGUUUCUGGCUUGGGCACUGGCUCAUGCGCAGCAGGAGGACUUGAAGAUUGACAGCUUGCGUACGGCUUUGAUGUUCAACCAAGUCAUGGGGAAGUCUUCGGGCCAGCUGACCAUGCUCGCAGUCAUGCAAGAAGAGGCGGUGAAAGGCUUGAAGUUUUGCUUUGCCGCCUGGAAGAAGACCGUGAACCGUAAGGCCCAGGCUCUGCGGAAGUUCUGGCUGAAGGGUCUGAGGGAAGCCUUCAAAGCCUGGCUGGAGACCCUCUUGCUCGACCGACACGACCGGGCCUUGGACCUGCUGACCCGAACGCAGGCCGAGCUGAAGCAGCUGCAGAUCACGGCCUUGGCGAGGCAGGCGCAGGCCGAUCGACUCCGAGGAUGCGUCCUCGAAGUCCGGCAUGCGUGUUUCGAGGGCUCCUUCGUCCGGCGGGUCCUGUUCUCCUGGAGACGUCUCUCACGGAGCCGGCUGAUGGCAGAGAGCCGCGCGCGGGCGCGGCAAGCUCUGGCAGCCUCAGCGCUGCAGGUGGCCGAAGCCAUGGGAAAGCUUACAAUACCUUUCUUGCGACCCCACCUGCAGGCAUGGGCAAGUCACACAAGUCAAGCGAGGAAACUGAAGCACGCCGCAGAGAACACGAUCAAAGCACUGGUGGGCAGCUCUUUGUCGACGGUGUUCCGCGCCUGGAAGCAAAUGAAGCUGAGCAACUACCAGAGCCUGGUAGCCAAGCUCCAUCAGCGCGAGCGCGAGUACUCCGAGCUCCAUGAGCUCUCCGAGUCCUUCUUCCAGUGCUCCAGAGAAGGCUCCCAGCGCCUCAAGGCGAUGGAGUCCGCUGCGCGGGCCGCGGAUCGAGUUCUCCAGAUCGGCGCGGCGAGGGCGGACUCCUUGGAGGCCGAGGCCCGGGCCCUGCGCCGCUCCCUGCCCCUCGGAUCGUCG